AUGGCAAAAGCUAGGGAAGAUCUUGGAGGGGCUGCCUGCCUGGAGGAUGAACUCAGCUGUCCCAUCUGCCUGGGUCUGUACAGGAACCCCAUGUUGCUGAGCUGCGGUCACAGUUUCUGCAAGCAGUGCAUCCAGAAGGUGCUCAGUGCCCAGCAGCAAUCCAAGGCCCCUUACUCCUGCCCCAUGUGCAAGCUCCAGCUGGGGCCCAUCCUGGAGCUGCAGAAGAAUUUCCAGCUGUGCAGCAUCGUGGAGGCAUUUCUGGCCACCACUUCCAAAGGACAACAGGCCGAGGGCUCUGCAGCGGAGAAGAAGGAGGUGGUUCCCUGUGACUUCUGCCUGGAUUGGUCCCAGCCAGCGGUGAAAACCUGCCUGACCUGCGAUGCGUCUUUGUGCCAGGCCCAUCUCCACAAACACCAGGCCAAGGCUUCCCAGCAGGACCACAUCCUGGUGGAGGUGGACGCAGGCAGUGUGGCAGAGGAGGUGAGAUGCCCGGAGCACGGCAGGCUGCCGGAGUGCUACUGCCAGGACGAAGGGCAGUUCGUCUGCGCGCUCUGCUCUAUCGAGGGAUGCCACAAGGGCCACAGCAUCAUCACCCUGAAGGAGGCACAUAAUAAACAGCUGGGUGAACUCUCAGACAUGGUGACAUGGCUGCAGGAACGUAAAAGCGCUUUAGCUACCGCCCUAGAAGAGCUUCAGAAAAAUGAGAAUCAGCUCAAGGCUAAUACGAAAACAGUGACUUCUCAGCUGCAAAAGCUGUUUGAAGAGAUAAAGACAGAGAUGAUUCAGCAAGAGAAGAAGAUCCUGAGUGACAUUCAGUCCAAUGAGAAAAAACAACUGGCACACAUUACCGAAGUGAAGAAGGAAAUGGAACAGAGGAGAGAUGAGGCUGCACAGCACCUUCAGUCUUUGCAGAAGAUGAGAGUGCAACCAGAUAUUUUCCUCUUCUUCAAAGAAUUUAAACUGGCCGUGGACAGGAUUGAGAGUCAGAUUUUCGGCGUCAGAAGGAUGAAUGUGGCGGUAGUGCAGCUGGAUCAGGCCAGGAUCGACCGCUGCCGAUGCCUGAUGAGGGACUUCAUGAGUGACUUGGACCCGCUGCUGCAAGGCGUGCACAGUGAACUCACCAACCAGAUUAAAUGGAACAG